GAACAUGGAGCAUGUGCAGCUUGGCUUUGCUUACUCAAAGCGGACUCCGUUCUGAGCUCGUGAUCUGCUCGCGGGCCCCGACGAUGAACAAGAUGCUGCCCCGGCUGCGCACUCCUCCGAUCAUGCCCACCGUCGUCGUCGUCGUCCGAGCUCAAGCGCAAGCGCAAGCAGCGGAGGGCCGAGGCCGAGGCGCGCUCGUGAUUUCUGGUUGACGUCGAUCACGCUUCCGGGCGAAAGCACAGGAAUCGGCGACCGAAUGCGUGGAAUUUUUCAAAGUGGCCGAUAUGCGUAUGAAUUCGCUGCCGCUAGGCGGGAGAUGCCCCGGGUGGGUUCUGGGAUGCGCAGGUGCUCAAUUCGACGUGGCUUCAUGAAGGCAGGAUGAGGUUCGGCCCGUAGGUAGGUAGAUGGUUAGAUUUCGGCACGGAUUCGGAGGGCAAGAUUCCAGAGCAGGUGUGAGGAGCAGGUCCGAGGGGGAAUUGGAAAAUGGGAUGCAGGUGGCCGCGGCCUUCUGGGUGUAGGGUCUUUGGAGGGCUCGGAUUAUCGUGGCUUUAACGAGGUUGCUGGAAGGAGCACCCGCUGACAGUGGCCGAAAGGGUGCUAUGAUCGUGUUCGAUCUGGAUUCAGAGGUUUGCGUGCUGUGUCUCCGUGUCUGAGUCGCUUUAGAGAAUUCGAGCCGGGUUCUUGGCCAGGAAGCACCACCAUGGCGGACGACAAGGAACUGCGCGCCUGGGUUUCGGACCAGCUACACGCUCUGCUGGGCUACUCUCUGCCCCCCGUUGUUUCCUUCGUCUUAGGUCUUGCGAAAAAAUCCACUUCAGUCAGAGAGCUAAUAUCAGAGUUGCACGCCUAUCUUCCGGACAAAAGCACUACCGACAGUUUUGCUCAAGAUCUCUUUUCACGGAUGCCGCGGAAGCAGCGAAGUUUGAAUAAUUACCAAAGAGCAGAAAAAGAUGCGGCUGCCUAUCUGAGGAAACAGCAAGAUUAUCAACUUUUAGACGCCGAUGAUGAUGAGGAGACUGAACCUGUUCCUGUCGAAAGUGCUUCACGAAAAGAAUCUAAAAGGAAGCACUUGCGGAAAAAAAGAGAGGUCUCAGAUGUUGAUGAGGAUGAUGAGAUCAUCAGACCUGCUAAAAAAGGGCGUUCGAGUAGGACCUGGGAAGAGGAGGAGGAUGAAGAAGAGGUAGCUAUGGAGCGUGCCAGAGAGGAAGAUUUGCGAGAGCGGGAAGAUUUUGAAGCAAGACUCCGAGAGAGGGACGAAGCUGCCACGAAGAAAUUGAUGGAGCCAAAGUUGUCACGGAGGCAAGAAGAGGAAGCAAAGAGACGGGCCGAAGCAGAAGAAGUGAAAGAUCUUGUUCCAGUUAUGAGGGAAGCAGCUCGACAGUCAUACUUGAAGCUGCGGAAGCAGAAGAAGUUGGACGAAUUAAGGGAUUCUCUAGAAGAUGAAGCAUACCUUUUUGAUGGAGUGAAGUUAACUGCUAAGGAGGAGGAAGAUAUGAGGUUCAAGCGGAAGAUGUACGAGCUCGCAAAGGAACGGGCUGAAGACGUUGACGCUAUCCUUGGGUAUCAAAUGCCUAAAGCUUAUGACGACACUGACGGAAAAGUGAGACAAGACGAGCGUUUUGCGGUGGCCAACCAACGCUACAAAGAUGUCGGAGCUGAUGAUAAACUGAAUCCGUUUGCUGAACAAGAGGCCUGGGAGAAGCAUCAAAUUGGAAAGGCAACAAUGAAGUUUGGAGCCGCCGAUAAGAAGAGUCAGGAUGACUAUGAAUUUAUCUUCGAAGAUCAGAUUCAGUUUAUUCAAACUUCUAUCCUGGAUGGCAUGAAGGAUGAAGAGGAGGAGAAGGAAGAUGAAAAACAAAUCAAAAAAUUAGCUGCAAAGUCUGCGUUUGAUAAACUACAGGAAGAUAGGAAGAUGUUACCAAUGUUUCCGUAUAGGGAAGAGCUUCUCAAAGCAGUGGAGCAAUACCAAGUUUUGGUUAUCGUGGGAGAAACAGGAUCCGGAAAAACAACUCAAAUCCCGCAGUAUCUGCAUGAGGCUGGGUACACCAAAAAUGGAAAGAUUGGCUGCACACAACCUCGGCGAGUUGCUGCCAUGAGCGUUUCUGCACGUGUUGCGGAAGAGAUGGGUGUGAAGCUUGGACAUGAGGUAGGAUAUUCUAUUCGGUUUGAAGAUUGUACAUCGGAAAAAACUAUUCUGAAGUACAUGACAGAUGGUAUGCUGCUACGUGAGUUCCUCAGCGAACCUGAUCUGGCAAGUUACAGUGUGAUGAUGGUCGAUGAGGCUCACGAGCGGACAGUGUCCACCGAUGUUUUAUUUGGUUUAGUUAAGGAUAUAACACGAUUUCGACCUGAUAUAAAGCUGCUGAUUUCUAGUGCGACUCUGGACGCUGAGAAAUUCUCAGCAUAUUUUGAUGGGGCACCAAUUUUUAGAAUCCCUGGUCGUCGAUACCCAGUCGACAUCUUGUACACGAAAGCACCAGAAGCAGACUAUCUAGAAGCUGCCGUAGUUACGGUGUUGCAGAUUCAUGUGACUAUGCCUCCUGGAGAUGUCCUAGUAUUUUUUACCGGGCAAGAAGAAAUCGAGGCGGCUGAAGAAAUACUGAAAACCAGAACAAGAGGUCUAGGAACAAGGAUUGGCGAAAUGAUUAUAUGCCCAAUUUAUGCCAAUCUUCCAUCUGAUCUCCAGACUAAAAUUUUUGAAGAAACUCCUGAAGGAGCUCGCAAAGUGGUGUUGGCAACUAAUAUUGCAGAAACCUCACUCACAAUUGACGGUAUCAAGUAUGUAAUUGACCCUGGAUUUUGCAAACAGAAAAGUUACAAUCCUCGAACUGGUAUGGAAUCUUUGAUUGUAACGCCCGUUUCCAAAGCUGCAGCCCAGCAACGCACAGGAAGGGCUGGCAGAACAUCACCUGGAAAAUGCUUUAGACUGUAUACGGCACACGCUUAUCAAACUGAAAUGGAUGACAACACGGUUCCCGAGAUUCAGCGAACCAAUUUGGGAAACGUUGUUCUCAUGUUGAAGAGCCUGGGAAUCCAUGAUCUCAUAAAUUUUGACUUCAUGGACCCACCGCCAGCGGAGACUUUACUAAGAGCAUUGGAACAAUUAUACGCUCUCGGUGCCCUAAAUGAUCGCGGCGAGUUGACUAAAAUGGGGCGAAGAAUGGCUGAGUUUCCCUUGGAUCCUAUGCUUUCCAAGAUGAUAGUAGCUUCAGACAAGUUUAAGUGUGCCGAAGAAGUAGUCACAAUCUGCUCCAUGCUGACGGUCGGAAAUUCUAUAUUCUACCGACCUAAGGACAAGCAGGUGCAUGCUGACAAUGCACGUAUGAAUUUCCACUCUGGCAAUGUGGGUGACCAUCUUGCACUAUUAAAGGUUUUUGAUUCCUGGAAGGAAACUGACUUUUCUACUCAGUGGUGUUAUGAGAAUUACAUUCAGGUGCGAAGUAUGAAACGUGCUCGGGAUAUUAGAGAUCAACUCGAAGGCUUGCUAGAAAGAGUUGAAAUCGAGGCAGCCAGCAAUCCGGAUGAUCACGAGGCCAUAAAAAAGGCCAUCACUUCAGGGUUUUUCUACCACACAGCCAAACUUCAGAAGAACGGUUCUUAUCGGACCCUGAAAAACCCUCAAACGGUUACCAUACAUCCAAGUUCUGGCCUUUCACAGGUCCUUCCAAGGUGGGUAGUGUACCACGAACUUGUCUUCACCACAAAAGAGUACAUGCGCCAGGUCAUUGAAAUAAAGCCCGAGUGGCUGGUGGAAAUUGCCCCACAUUACUACAAGAAGUCAGACGUUGAAGAUACCGCUUCUCAAAAAAUGCCUAAAGGAAGAGGCCGAGCAGCGAUGGAUUGAUAAGGCCCCCCUGCUGUUAACGAGGUUUAGCGACUAUCAACAUUCACGAUGACCUAAAGUGACGUGGAGGAGGUUGGCCCGCCAAUCUUGAACGCAACGUAGGGAAUCACGAGCUCUGGCCUUCUGUUCAUUUGGCCACAUUGCAUUCAGAAGGUUCACACAUUGCUCAAUGACCCUCAAUCCAUGCAAUGUAGAAAAGUUCAUGAUAUGGGAGAAUCACUAUGCAUCCUUAAAUGUGAAACGUAGUCCGCGACGUGUGGCAUCCAACUCUAGUUAUUAUAUUCAUUGAGUGUCUUCGACGGGGAAUCACCGCGUACAGCUCAUGCCGAGAAAUCCGGACGACUUUGCAGGCGAGUGCGAGAAUCACCCUAAGGGCAGUUCUGGCACCUGGCUUAUUUGGCUAGCGCAUGUUCAAUUCCUAGAAGAAAGGGGAAAGUGGGGGAUAAGACUGGAGAUUUGCCUGUAACGUUAGUCAUGUUUAGUAGCCGAUGGGCAUGGACCUGCUCUGGAAAAGGUUGAAGAUGACUAUCUAGUGUCUAGGUUGGCAUAUGGCAUAUUUCCCAUAUUUAUCCUGCUUGGAAUAUGAUGCGGCUUCUGUUUUGCUGAAAGACUUCGUCUAGGCGUCCCCAAGCUGUUCCUGGGCCAUUUCAAAAAAUGAAUGUCUUUGUCCAGAUUUAUGUCGCUGACCUUGUUAUCUUCUGGUUAUGUAUAUUCAGUUGGAUUUCAAGUGAAUACUUCAUAUAUCUACAUCUCCGCCCAUCACAGAAGAGAUAGAAUUUGGAUCCUGUCAGCAAUUUAGCGUUGAUGUACACCUGAGUUUUAUUUUCGCUAAGCCUAAAGGACCGAGAGUCCGCAUUCUCUUCAGUAAUGAAUGGACUUAGGACUUCCUGGAAAUAUAAGAGGCGGCUGUAGGAACAGCAAAACAAUUGCGGCGAUUGGUUCUUUGAAGCUGCAACAACAGUUCACUUCAAGAGAAGAGUACAUAUCCGAUUUUUUCUGCAAUCUGCCUUGGUUCAAUUUUCAAAUGACGCGGCUGUGUUGAGAAGCAAAAGCUCGACACAUUGGAGUAUCGGCCGCGUAUAUGCGUCGCGGAAGAAGCACGAAGUCAUCAGAAUACACUAUGAGGACCUGACUGAGGGCCGAAUGAAAGUAUGUUUGUUUGACUGGACAGAAUCUUUAUUAAGCUUUCAGUUCCACAUUUUUUUAGCACCUGGUAUGUUCAGAUAUGACCUCGCCUCUGGAAUUCUAUAUCAAACCUCGUAUGGAUGACAGAGGAGUAUUGAUGGAGCUAGGAUCCAAUUUUAGAAAAGGCGGAAUUACGCACAUGGACCGAAGACGUCCAAAUUAUCAUGCCAAACUGUGUAUUGAGCAUCCGAGGAGUAAUCUCAUUCUUUCAUAGGUUGUAUGAGGAAGUAUUCUUCAUUGGACCAUGGAUACAAGUGUAAGAAGGAACAUGGAUACAUGUGUAAGAAAUUUAUGAAGUAACCCAAAGAUACUGAUAAUCUUUCACAUAGGAAGAUUCAGUUUGUGGUAGAUCCUCAUAGUCAGAUAUGACUUAAAAGCGAGUAAGACAAUGAUUUGAGAUUAUUGGAAAAACUAUAUACACGAAAAAGUUAGCGAA